GCGCUUCUAUUGAUUUCUCAAAGCGUCGCGAUGAUCCGAAUGGAAAAGUAUUAAAUAGAAAAUAAAAAAUACGAACAAAAUUCGCGUAUUUAAUCAAUUAAUAUUAUCGUGCGUAAUUCUUCAGAUACGCAAGAUGUGCUAAAGUGGAAUUAGUGAUUAAAAACCUAGUUGAUAAAAUGAGUAAUCCAAAAAUGGGCUCUAUCGUGCUGAAAUCGUUAUCGAUUUUGUUAGGUUUGUUUUUCAUUUUUGUUGGAUUUAUAAAAAUUUCUAGUGCCCUUUCUAAAGAACUUCACAAAGAUUUGAGAAAAGAAUACGUGAAGUAUGCGAAAGUCUUUCCGUUCUCGGAGAUGUUGGAUUUUAAAAUUCCAUCAAAAUGGUAUAGGAGAACUGUUGGUGGAUUAGAAAUUCUUUGUGGUAGUGCAAUGGCUUUUUGGCCAAAUCAUAAAAUUAAAAACCUGUCCAACAUCAUACUUCUCAUGUUAACAUUGAUGGCUGUCUAUUCCCAUUAUAUGGUAGCAGAUAAGCUCGAGAGGACGGCACCGGCGUUAGUCUUUCUUUUCAUGUUAAGCGGUCGAUUGGUGGUAUUCUUCCAACUUCAUAAACGAGAACAAGAUCAACGCGAGCCCAUCGCAAAUGGAUUCAAACAGGAAUAGAAAUUAGUAUAAGUAAAAUUUGGAAUUGGGUUUAAAUUUUUCUCAUUCGUUUUUCUACAACAAAUAUAACUGAGAAUAAAAGAAAUAAAACAUAUUUUUAAUAGAAAAUUUUGCAUUAAUAAAUUACGAGAAGAAAAAGGAGAAACAAAACGAUGUUUCAAAAAGACACAAAAUAGUUUUUCAUCUUUUGUCAGUAUCUAGCUUGAAACUUAGCGACAUUUUCGUUCUACUGGAGGAGGAAAAUACCAAACUCUUGUUGUCAUACACUUAUGUUUACAUUUUUAUUUUAAACGGCAUAAUUUCGUAAAGGCCGCUUGACAUGAUACUAUACAACGUGUAGUGCAAUGCAAGACGGAAUAUUUCUUGAUCAAAAGCAUGCAGAUGAGCUGACUUUCGUAAAACUUCGUUAUUUUCAUUGAGGUACAAAAUAUUAGUAAAAAUUUGAGGUUAGGAAUUUGUUUACUGUUACUGUUUACACAGACUUGCAUGCAAUUUCUUGCACGUUAUAUUGCAUUAUGUCAAGCGGCCUUAAAGACACUUCGAGAAACUUGAGUAAACUGUUCCGGUAAUGUAAGAAAGACGGCUAUUGCGCUCUCUAAUCUACAUUAUAAAAAUUACGAUCGAAAUAAAUCGGUUUUAGAAAUUUAGCACAAAGAAAACAGAUAAAGAUCGUAUUUCGUCAGACAGCGGCACUGUCAAUUAUUGUCUCAACAGUCACAAACAAUCAUACGCUUCAACUGAUAAAAUUUAUGGAAUUAAUUUAUUUUAAAUAGCAUGGAUUAAUUAACAUCAGUAAGGCUACAUUCUUAAAUAUUAGGUUGAAGGUAAGGUUAAAUUAGGUUAUGUAACGCCUAAGUAAAACGUUAAAUGCACUUACCUUUCAUAAGUUUGAUUUGUGUUUCAUCUUGAUCGGCCAACUUUCUAGAAUUCUUCAUUAUUUUCAAUGCUCUAGAUGAAAACAUGACAACAAAACAAUAUUAAUUAUUGUGUUAAUCAAUUAAAAACGUACGGUACUUAGACAACUCAGAUAUCCCACUGUUUAACUGAAAUAUAAUGAAAUGUCUCACUGUUGCUCUGAGGUAUGGAGGGUAGAGGUAAGGAGUAUCAUCUCAUAUGGGAGCUUAGCUUAAAAACUGUCCGCUAGUAGACGGUAAAUUAUAAUUCAAAAUUUGACCAGAAUGGCGCUUCUGUCGGACGAGAUAUCAUAUGAUCGUUCAGUUCAGUCUUCCGUCCGUCUUAUUUGAAUAUGCAGUGUUAAAAAAUUUUAAAUGACUAGUGUCGUCGCUUUAUUUAAAAUUUACAUUCAUACGAUAGUAGCGUCUCCCUAACGUAAAUAAUUUGAUGGGCACUUUCUGUAGCACAUAGAUGGUUCUCCUUACCUCUACCCUCCAUAGCUCUGAGGUAGCGAAAUGCCGUAUUGACGUCUGCGGGCUGCCAAUCAGUGCUGCCAAAUUGUUAACUAACAAUGUUUUCCUAAUGAAUUUUUACAAUGCAAAACAUGUUUUUUGGCAUUGAGUAAAUACAUGUUUGGAAAGGUCUAUUUUUCGACAUAAUGGCCGUUUAGAUCAAUGCAUUUUUGCUUGUGGUGUACCAUCUUCUUUAUGCCCGAGUCGUAUAAGUCUGUUGACGUGUCGCGAAGAUAGUUCAAAACCUCUUUUUCCAGCUCUUCAUCGGUCGUGGAAUCCGUCCCUCCUUUAAUUCACGGAAGUUAUGGUAAUCUUUGGAGGUCAAGUCUGGUUGUAAGGGUAUUCCAUUCAAAUCAGUUGGGACACGGGCGGUGUGCGGACGCGCGUUGUUCUGAUGGAGACACACUGCAUUUGUGAGCAUGCCUCAACUCUUGUUUUGAAUCGCGAGCCGAAGGUUCUUCAACAUCUGACAGUAGUGUUGUUAUAGUAGGCAGGAAUUCUCACAACAACAACAACAACAAUCCUUUCCUUUCCCAAAAGACAUUCGCCAUAACCUCGCCGGCAGACAUAAUUUGUUUAAACUUCUUCGGCUUCGGCGAACUUGGAUGUUUUCACGGGAUUGUUUUUUUUUGUUUCCGGUGUCAGAUAGUGGACCCAGAUCUCGUUUCCAGUGACAACAGAGUCUAAAAAUUUCACAGAUAUAAAGAAAUUCCACAAGUUGUUGUUUGUUCAUCAUUUUUGGAACCCACCUUGCACAAAUCUUGGCAUAUCCUAAGCAGUAUCUAAGAUGUUAUGUAUGCAGAAUAUGCUAACAUCAGGGAUCAUCUAGUUGAGAUCCCUUCGGUUUCUCAGGAUGGCUUCUUACUCUUUCGCAAUCCUUACAUUAUAGCCGGUCAGUGUGUUGUUCGUCAUGGACGUCUGUACGUCCGUCCUUGAAUUCUCUGCACCCUUUGUAAACAUGUUGGGAGUGAAUGUCAACAUAAGAAACGUUUUUGCAAACAAAAACGACUGCACGCAGGGGUGGUAAUUGGGAUACAGGGGGCCAAGCUAUACGCCUGUUUCGCUAAAUCCCGCCUAACGGCUUUCCUAGCGUCCGCAGUUCCUUGCUAAUCUUAUUUUAUGGAUAGCAAGUCUAGCAAGUUGACUGGUACUAAUGGUGGGUACACACAAUAUAGACUUCUAUAGAAUUUUGUCUGUACAAACUAGACAGUACAUAUAAAUGUCGGAGCGAUCCAAAAGUCGGAGUGUGCGUGUAAGUCUGCGUAUUUAUCGCAGCUAAGAAAUUUAAAUUGUAUUUUCGAACUAAAAGCCUGUACAGACAUUCUAUCCAAAUGUAAAUGUAAAUUUUUUUACUCCGACUUCAUAGUCUGUACAGAUAUCUGUACAAACAAAAAUCUGUCUCGUGCGGACCCAUCAUAAGUUAAUUUAUAGAAUUUGAUUUAAUAGUAUUUUAUCACUAAAAACACUUAUUUGAAUAUUAAUCACCCAAAGGUAGAAAA